GUAUUGAUGAACCCAAUAAUCUGCAGUGAUAUACGCGUAGGUUAAUAACAUCUUAGUUAUGCCAAGGUUGGCAUAAUUGGCAUAAUUGAUAUGAAAUGAAAUAUUAUUAUUAGGUCACAUUUCCCCUUUAAAUGUCACAAUAUAGGCCAUCAACUAAACAAACAAACGCGAGAAGCUUACAGUUUUAUCAGAAAAUAACCCAUUAUGACUUGUUUUAGGAUAUGACUCGAUCGUAGGAAUCUCUACCCGUUUCUGAUCGUGGUUUGGACGACAUAAAGAGUAUCCUCCAUCCUGAAGACUAUGAUAGACAGUGGGCAGAUAACACGACGAACAAUGCAAGAUGCAGGAGGCAGAACAGAAAGCUAUCUACCAGAUGAGUAUUACCCCUGGAGUGGGGUUUAUCACUGGUCCAGAAGGCGAGAAAGCUGUAAAAGACGUGAUCAACCAGGAUAAAGACUGUUCUUACAGAUUAAUAUUGAAUAUAGUGGGUAAAGAAAGACAGGGUAAAACAAGUCUUCUCAAACUUUUAUCUAAUGAUAUGUUUGACGAGAAUGAAGAAAGCACCGUAGGAGUGGAUCACGAACUUGUUGAUACAGUUGGCUUACAGCCAGAUCCAAGUCGUCUCUGGUCGAAGUUGGAUAUCCGAGCUGCGAAUUCUAACGAAUAUGACGACAUUUUAGGAAAGCAUCUCAUGAUUCGAUUGGGUAAAGUUAAAUGUCGAACACUGAAUAGUGUAUUCGCCCCAGUCAUAGUUUGUGCUAGAAUUGGACUGAUCACUUGGAUAACAUUUGCAAUUUAUUCAAAUUGUAUUGUUUCCGAAACAUUACAAUAUUGGCCAUGGUUCGGAAUUUUACUAUGUUUCAUGUUUACAUUUUUGAUCCCGUUCCUGGGAAUAGCAGACGGAACAGGAAUAGGUGUUGGAAUACGACAUUACGUCAUCUUAAUAGAUGCAUGGUUUCGUUGGGAUCUAGCAUCGUGGUGUCUAGAAGACGAUUCAUUAGUGUAUAUCGGAUUAUCAGUUGUAGCUGUGCUGUUUUUAUUUCUGGUGCUUGAGAGUGUUGAAAGUGUUGCUCUAGGUCAGUCAAUGGGUAUCGGGAUUGCAUGUUGUUUUUGUUUAUGUUGUCCUCCGUCAAGUGACUUAUACGUUGCCUCCAAUCCCCUCCAAUCACUGGAGAUCCAUCUAUUCAUAUUGGGCUGUUUGAUUGGUCUGUAUCUUUACAGUAAUUGUAACUACAUAAUCAUGACGAUUUUGAUUGCGCUCUUGGCGAUAUUGUUUCAGACACAAACCAAAUACUGCAUUUGUUUAACAGUGUCAAUUGCUAUUGGAGCUUUGCACAAUCAUGGAAUUAUGGUUGGUCAAAACCUGUAUUGCCUUUUGGAUACACAAUUGAAAACAAUCUGCAGUAGCAGAAGAAGUCGACGAUUCAUUAGGCAUUUGAUUGGAAUAGUACUUGGAUUGAUUCAUACACGAAUGUUUGGAUGGGAGUUCUCGCCCGACAUUGCUAAGGUAUUCAUUGUAAUAGUUGUCGUGAUGCUAGUGGAAAUGUUUAGUUAUCUCAAAUCUAUACAGCGUUCUAAACAACAAGACGCGGGCACAAUAAACCACCCUAGCAAAGUGAUUGGUGCAAGAACUAGAUCUCCACGUUUAAAGUUAUUGGUUAGAGAUUUUGCAGGUCACCCAUUAUACUAUACAGCUCACCAUUUAUAUAUGACAGGCCAGUGUGUUUAUUUAUUAGUGUUCAGUCUAGUAGAAGCUUCUGAAGACUUUCAGAUGGUGCUUCAGGAUAUCCUUCGGUGGUUGCGAUCGAUACAAUUACAUAGUCAUUAUCCCCAUACCCGCGUGUUUCUAGUGGGAACACACCGUGACGAUAUGCGCAUUACGAAAAGGACAAAGGCUGAAAUAAAAGAACAGUUAAAAAGAAGUGUUCACAGAAUAUAUCAUAACAUUAUCGUGUGGAACGACGAUGACACAUCUCUGUUUCCAGUAGAAAAUUCUUCCCGGUGUCCCACCGAUAAGGACCACAAAAAUCUUAAGGAUAAAAUAAUUAAGCAGACAACAGACAUCAUAUUACAGGAAAAGUUCCCAGUAAAAUUCUUUUUUUUCUUCACUAUAAUAGAACAUUACAGAAAAGAACAGAUAUUCUCCGAAUAUUUUCAAAAUGUGUAUAGGUUGUGCAAGGAUAUGAAACUUAUGCUAGCAACAGAAUCUGAAUUUGAGGAAAUGUUAAUAUUCUUUCAUAAAAUGGGUGAAAUAAUGUUCCGACGGAAUGAUAAUGAAUUACAAAUGCUCAUCAUUUUCGAUCCCCGCAGUUUACUAAAUAUUGUAAGCCAUAUCAUAAAUGUGCCGAAAAUGAGUGAAAGACCACCACAUCUGGUCGACGACUGGUCCAUAUUAGAAGAGCGUGGAAUUUGUUCAGCUGCAUUGUUUAAACAUGUAUUUGAACAACAUUGUCCUACAGGAAUAGCUAUGGAGUCGGCUAUAGCUGCUUUAUCCCGCUUUCACCUGAUUUGUGAAUUAAACACGUCAUUCAUUAUUCCAUCAUCUCUUCCAGAAGAUCUCCCUUAUCCAGAAAAAUGCUGGUCUGUCCACAAGAAAGACAUUAUGGUUUAUAUCAAAUGCCUUCCACACUUCCCACAGGAGUUGUUUCUUCAUCUUCUUUGUGCUUGUGCAGAGUUUGACUGCAGCGCGAGGGAAGGUAUUGCCAAUAUGAGUAGACGCCAAGCAAUCUUCACAUAUGACAAUCAGCUGUGUUAUCAAUUGGAAAAGUGUGACGAUGACAAACAUGGUUUCUUGAAAAUAGUACUUCGCGGUGAUGCCCUUGGUAAUAGAUCAACUGUCCUAUUAAUGAUUUGGCGAUGUUUGAACAAUAUUGUGAAACAGGAUUUUAAGAUGUGUAAAUUGAUGAUGGGAUACCUCUGCCCUUGUACCUCACCGCAUGAAGAUGGCAGCAAAGAAAAGCACUUGUUGACAAUUGCCAAUAAUAUCGAAGAAUUGGAAUCUAUUCCUGAUAAAUCUGAUUUUUGGUGUUGUGGUCGAAAAGUAAACAUCGUAAAUGGACAGAUGCAUGUGGUAUCAAGAGAAGAUGAUCGUUUGUUAGAAACCAAGAAAACCUCGGCUACAGAUGUUAAAAUAAAAGAUCGAUUGCUCAUGGAGGUACCAAACCAUGUGUACAAAACUAUAUGUGAUUAUCUUAAUCCCCCAAAGCCUCUGGGUCAAGACUGGACAAUGCUGGCAGGUUUGUUGGACUUGACAGUAAGAGAUGUGGAAAUUAUCAAUUUCAAGAAUUCCGACAACCCAUGCUCAGCUGUUCUUACAACAUGGUGUAACAGACAGCCAGAUACAAAAAUGGUGGAUUUACUAAAACUUCUAGAGAAAAUGGAAAGAUUUGAUGUUGUGGCAGCCAUAGAAAAUGAAGAAUUUCUAUCAUAAAUCAGGCAUAUUGGAACUGGGGUAUUGAAUUGGAACAAGAUGACAGUCUUUUGACUUUGUCCAAGAUAUUAUUUAGCAUUCAUGUUUCAAAUAGUAAAUGCAGUAGGACCGCACUACACGCAAAACAAAACCAACAAGACAAACCUGCGGACAAGAAAAACUACAUAGACACUGCAAGAAAUAAACAAAUAUCAAAUCAAGUGAAUGGAUCUGGGGGCCAGCUGUAAGUGUCCAAUGCGCUGUACAGUAACUAGUAUUAGAAAUAAUUAUAAUGCUAUAUGACAAAAAAAAUAUUUUAGUUGUAUAAUGAUAUAGGGUAUGUUAUUUUCCCCUGGUAAUACAAAUGAACAUAUAUUAUGUACAUGAGCUGUUCUUAUUUACAUAAAAUAUACUAGUCUCACGAUGCUUUAUUAUAUUGACAUUUUUAUUUUUUAUAAUAUAUUUUUAUUUUUUCUCUUUGUAAUUCAUAUAUUGAUAGUUGUUAUGGUUAAAACAUGACUUUAAUGUAAAAUCGUCACAAGUUCUUAUUUAAUUGAUAGUUGAUAUGGUUAAAACAUCACUUUAAUGGAAAAUCGUCACAAGUUCUUAUUUAAUUGAUAGUUGAUAUGGUUAAAACAUCACUUUAAUGGAAAAUCGUCACAAGUUAUUAUUAUGUAAUGACCAAAUCUUUAAAGAUACUUUUCCUUAACAGUUUCAAUCCUAAAUUUAUAAUCAUUAAUUGGAAAUCAUUGAUAAACUGCCAGGACAAAUUUGUUUAAUACCAUAAACAUUAUAUCUUUCUUGAUUAAGGGAAAGCUUUUUUGACAAUCUACCAAAUUUAAUGGUGACUCCAAUAUGUUGUGGGGGUUGGGUGGCCGAAUGGUUUAACGCCUGCUCGUUAGAUCAUAAGGUCUGUUACUGAGUCAAGUGGCGCGGUUUCGAUUCCCUGUUCGUACGUGACAAGAGGUAUGAUCGCCUGUCCAACCCUGUGGAUUUCCCCCCAUGUCCUCCGAUUUCUUUCUCUCUCUCUCUCCAUUAUUUUGUGUACUUGCAAGACAAUGAAUGGAUGAAUGCUGGUGUUGUUAGCAAACAAAUUCUGGUAAGAUAUCAAUGGCUGACUUAGGGUUAACUUUAUUAGUUUAUUGUAUGUCUAUUAGGUAAUGAGUUUAUAAUGGUACUUUUUGUGGUCAUUACAAAUAUCAUACUUUUACUCUUUUAGAUAAAAAAAAGAGGGGGGGGGGGGGUGGCCGAAUGGUUAACACGUGCAUGUUGGAUCAUAAGGUCUGUCAUUGAGUCAAGUGUGGUUUCCAUUCCCCACUAGUACGUCUCAAGUAAUAGGGUUGUCUCCGACACCUAAAGAAUCCUAUAGGAUUUUGUUUGAAUUAUGUUUUAUAGAAACUGUUACUACCACACUCUGUUUGUUUACAUUUUGUUCAGGCCACUCACUUAUACUUUUAUAUACUUUUUGUUUUAUUUUUGUGUCUAUAUAUUUUAUUUCAAUAUGUUGUAAUGGAUACUGUACAAUUCCAUAAAGGUAUAUUUAAAAAAAAAAGAAUUUAUUAAAUAAACUGUAACUGUGUUA